GGCAUUUGCAAGCAAGCCAUGCGGUAUGCCUAUGCCAGCUUCAUAUUAGAAAAAGGAUUGAAUGAUCCAAUAAUACUGUAUUCCUUCAGUUGAUUUCAUCUCUUCCAAAUACAAAAGCAAACCCAUUUUUACUUGCAAUCAAUCUCACCUUUCCGACAAGCACUUCUGUCUCUUUGACUCUUCGCCCUCGUCUCUUCACCAUUCUUACCUUUUCUUUUUCUUACUUUGUAAUCAAAACUCUUCUUUUUCCAUUCCCACAUUAUUCUUUCGUUCAUUUCAGGAAAAAAAAAAGACAUCUUGUUUCUGGCUUCUUCUUUUCUUUAUUUGGUUAUUGAUUUGUGAAACGUGAAUAGGAUAUUUUCCCAGUUGUAAAUAUCACAACGGGCUUGUUUAUGACUUUGGAGUGUCGGAUCUUCUUAUGAUGGAAACAUCCCCUCCCAUCUCUGAUCCUCCCUCACCAUCACCAUCACCAUCACCUGCCUUUUCUGUCACUACCACUGGUGGUGAUGAUGGCAUUGAUUCUUCAAGAAGCUAUGCCAUUCAACUUCCUUCUCUAAACUUGUUCCAAUUACCCUUAUCCCUCCUACUGGAAUACUCUGGCAUUUUUUCUAGUCCCACCAUUAAUCAACCUCAUGGGGUUUUACUCAACACUGACUUUCAACCUUCUCCUAAUCCUACUUCUGGGGCUGGGGAGGUUUCUAUUCGAAUCAUUGGGCCUGAAAGAGGCGAAGAGGACAAUUCCCAAAACCCCACCUCCCUCCAUGGAGUUGAAGAGGAGGAGGAGGAGGAGGAGGAGGAUCCUCUGACCAGUAGUAGUACCAGUAAUGAUGAUAGGAAUUCGAACUCGUCUUACCAUUAUGAUGUGCAGCGCAUUGCCAGGUGGUUUGAGCAUAUUCUUCCCUUUUCCUUGUUAUUGCUGCUUGUCUUCAUUCGUCAGCAUUUGCAGGGUUUCGUUGUCAUGAUAUGGGUUACAAUUGUUAUGUUCAAGUCAAAUGUUAUUCUCCAAAAGCAAACAGCACUGAAGGGAGAGAGAAAGAAUGCAGUUCUAGUCACAUACUCUGUACUUUUUAUGCUUCAUGUGAUUGGUGUUUAUUGGUGGUAUCAGAACAAUGAUCUCUUAUAUCCAUUGGUCAUGCUUCCUCCGAAGACAACACCACCUUUCUGGCAUGCAAUAUUCAUCAUUCUGGUAAAUGAUACAAUGGUGCGGCAGGCAGUGAUGGCAUUUAAGUGUGUACCACUCAUUUAUUAUAAGAAUGGCAAGGGGCAUAACUUCCGCCGACAGGGCCAAGUGCUAACCCUGGUUGAAUAUACACUCCUAUUGUACCGAGCAUUGUUACCAACACCUGUCUGGUAUCGGUUCUUCUUGAACAAAGAUUAUGGAAGCCUUUUCUCUUCAUUGACUACAGGGUUGUAUUUAACAUUCAAGUUCACAUCUGUUAUUGAAAAGGUUCGAUCCUUCUAUGCUGCCCUAAAAGCAUUGUCACAGAAGGAAGUUCAUUAUGGGGCAUAUGCUACAUUGGAACAGGUAAAUGAAGCAGGAGACCUCUGCACCAUAUGCCAGGAGAAGAUGCAAGCACCAAUUUUGUUGCGUUGUAAACACAUAUUCUGUGAAGAUUGUGUCUCUGAAUGGUUUGAGAGAGAAAGAACUUGCCCACUGUGCAGAGCUGUGGUCAAAGCUGCAGAUCUACAAUCCUUUGGGGAUGGGUCAACAAGUUUGUUUUUCCAAUUGUUUUAAAAUCCAGAUUUUAGUUCCACAUCACAGCCUUAUUUUUUGAGCUGUGCUCUCCUACAGGUUUUGUCUUGAAUUCUCACAUCCUAGGCUGCCCAUAAUAGUUGUAGUAUAAGCCAGAUAGUAGAAACAGAUCAGCAAUAUGUGCAUUCCUUCUGUUAAUGUGGUUAAUUGAAGCUGAGCUUUCAGCUGGAAGAGAGGAUUCGGAUGUUUUAUUACAUUAUUUUCUAAAAUUUUUCAUACUUGCCUGACAAAUGAAAAGGCAUUCAGGAUAACAUUAUAUUCCAAUGAUGAAUGGAGAUAACUUAUUUAAACUAACACACACACAUACACGCUCACACUGAAUUAAUGAUCUGAAAGAACUGAAGUUGGUCUCAGCUUAAGUUGGGCUGGUUUAGUAUAAAGUGGAGAUCUUAAUAUUGUUAAAAUGUUUAAUGCUUCGAUACUGGCUGUUCAGGCAU